AUGCGGCGCUUGGUAGACACGGUUCGAGGCCGAAAGCAGCGGCGUCGCGACCAGGAAAUUGAACGGCCGCCACCACCACUCCCUCUUCUUCCUAGCCAGCGGCCGCGGACUAUUACGCCUGCUGCUACGGCCGCUGCUACUACUGCCGACAACCUUGUCGCCGCGCUCGGUACCUUCGCCCGUCUAUCGCCGGAGCUGCGCCGACGCAUACUCAUAGCCGCCUUCGGCGAGCGCACUCUCCACUUGGACCUGCGGCUCGCGCCGCGCGGGCAGCGGGUGAGCACCUCGAUAUACCGUUCGCCCGCAUAUGAGCACGGCCGCGGGGCGGCGCCCCUCACCUGGUCUCGCGUUGUCGUGCCUCAGGACGUCCCGGGCGAUGCGACGACGACUGCGAAGUCUGCGGGUUCCAAGACUAAGCCGGAGACGGAGGCGGACUGGGAGUGGGAGUGGCGCUGGUACGGCUGCGUAUGCCACCGUGUGCUCCCCCGCGGGUCGGCUAUCGAGCGCCACGCCUUCACAGCCCGCGGCAAGUCCCCGUACAUCUGGCCGCACCGCGACGCCUGCCUCCAGGGCGAGGCCGAGACGUGCCGGCUGUGGCCGCCGGGGACAGACACGUGCGACUGCGCGAUCGGCGCCUUGGGUUGGCUCCGCGCGUGCCGACAGGCCUACAUCGAGGGCGUCGAAGUGCUGUACGCGACCAACACGUAUUUUUUCGAGAGCCGGGACAUGCUGGACGCCCUCUCUAGCCCUGACGGCAGCCAGCGCCUGCUCCUCCCGCAGCGUCUGGCCACGAUACGGUCGCUCGAGCUGCGGUGGGAGGUCAUGCUCUUUGGGGACCCUUACCUGCCGCCCAUGUCUCGCCACAGCGACAAGGAGAGGAUGCGGCUGGUCCCAGACUUUGCCGGCCUGAUGGUGCUGUUCCCGAACCUGCGCUCCCUCGUCAUCUCCUUCUCGGAGCAUCUCUACAACGACGCGUCUGCGCGCCCGGCCGCUCGCCUGCCCGAAAUCGACCGCCUGCUGCUGCGGCCGCUCGCUCUCGCGCUGGCGCCCAUCGCGCCGCGUCAGGAAAAGCACGUCGUGGUGGAGCUGCCGUCGAACGUGUUCCGCGACCUUAAAGGUCUCGGCCUCGAGGAAGAGCAGCGAGGGGACGCAUGGGGCCACGGCAAGGGCAGCUGGCUGCGGUACGCCAUCGGCGAGUCGUCCUACUACUACAUUAAGCAAGGUCAGGAGAGUAGCCUGCAUUGGGACCACGACGGCAACGCGCGGCGCGCGUCCGACUACCUGAGUCGUUCGGGUCCGGGUUAUGCCAAUGCUAUGUGA